GCGGGAAUUUUGUAAGAAUUGGCGGAAUAUAACCUAAAUAUCUACAAGCAUUAGUCAUAAAGAAAGGCGCGAAAACUUGAUUACAUUCCAGGUUGAAAUAUGAAUAUGAGUGAGCAUCGGGCCGCAAAUAUGAAUACCAGUACUAAUGUUGCAGGAAAUGCAAAUACCAUCGUGAACUGCAUGAGAGAUUUGAGCGAAGCUAUUGAAAAAGGUAUCUUCGAAGAUGUAGUAAAGAAUGUAGAUUUACUUCACAGCCAUGUAUCGUUGGAUACAGACAUGCACCAAAUUGGGGAGAUUCAUACGACACAGCUUGAUUUGAUUAUUUCCGCGUGUAAACACAAUCGCGCAGUUAUACUGUGUUAUCUGUUGAAUGAAACUGAUAUCUUGGAGUACCUGCCUGAGAGAGGCCUGUCUGAGGAGCAGCUGAAUCAGAAGAGGACGAUCGCGAUGACGCACGCGAUGUGCUCGAAUGACUUCAACCUGCCGGAAAUGCUUUACGACUACUGGUGCGGAGACACGUACUGGUCCGGCCACAAGGACGCGGACUACGUCCUCAGUAAUAUGGAAACACUUGGCAUUCUACUCAAAAACGCCUACGGUCUCUGUAAAGGCCGAUUGAUACGAGAACAAAAAAUGCUAACAGAUGUACACAGCCUGAUAACGUUUAAUGAGUUCCAAUGCAAACUUUACACCACUGUACACAAAUUAAAGCCCAAACCGAAUCGUGCACUUGGUAUCAAAGAAAAGGGUAAGUCAGUCGGGACUCUGCUGUAUAAAGUUUUACGAACUUAUGAUUGUUAUUCCAAUAUAGAUAAAGUAAGAAUAAAAAGUAGAAUAACGGAAAAAGAAAUGGAAAUCCAAGCCACAAUUGAAGACAAGGAGAGUAUAUUCGGAAAAAUGUUGCAAUACACCAUGUAUGAAUUGUACUUCCGUAAAAUGGAUUUAUGUGUGUCCUUAAUAAUUUUGGAGAAUUUAACCGUACUGAGAUACCAUCUUAGGAAACGUUUCGUAGUGACGAAUAAACCUAGUACGAAGAACAAUCAAUACAUACGCUUGGCAAAGUUAUACGAAGAUAUUGAAAGUGUACUGUAUCAUUUCCUGUACCGAACCAGUGAAGACUGGCGACUCUAUUUAUCGCCGAAUAGACAGCUUGCAGUGAAAGAAAACCGUCUUGGUAUUCAUGAUGGACAAUUAUGUACCCUAAACCUUCGGUAUGAUGAGGAGAAAGUUUAUAAUUCUCCAGUUCUGUAUCUGGAACGAAAAUAUUUCAAAAAACAUCUAAAGUAUUUAAAACGAAUACUGAUUAAGCAUGUGAUGUGCAAAGCUCCACAAAACUUGAUCACAAAUCAAGUAACUGCACAAAGAAAGAAAAAAUCUUCAGUAAAGGAAAAGGAAUUGCUGGAUGAUAACUAUUUGAAGCCAAUGUGUUACUUACGUGACAAUUAUUCGUUACAAAAAAUUGUAUAUUAUAUUAAAGUCGUACAGAAUAGUAAAGUCGUGAAUGUAUUGAUGAUAGAACGAACCCUCCAAGUUAUUGGGGAAAUGAUGAAAAGCUCGGAGGCAGGCGUCAGUCAGGCAUCUGAACAUGUGUCGAAUGCGACUAAAGCACUGCUGCAAAUAGAAUUGUCUAAAGAAACGUUAAAACGUUUUAAUAAUAUAAGAUUAUAUUUGUCAAAGGUGGGCCAAGGUCAACUCAGUAGGAGAAUCUCAGUCACCAACGGGCAUGAUCAGACGUUUAUAAACGUACGAAAUGACUUACUAAAAGUAUUUGAAGGUAUAAAACCAAUUCUUGAUAUUUACAAACAUAUACUCGACAAGGCCUUUCUUGACAAAGGUUUAGAUUUUCUUAAUGAAAGAAAUUAUCAGUUACCAUGUGCUGCUAAAGAUCGGAUAAAUGAUAUUAUCGAUCGUUAUAAUGACCACGGUAGUGACUUCGAAGAUGAAUAUAACCAAGAAGUGUGGCGCCACACUGGCCUCUCCAGAGACCUUCUAUCUGAAAUACCUUUGGUCUCUAACAACAUAAACCGCUUGGUAAAGCGAAGAGAGUUAUCUACAGAACUGAUUACAAAUCGUGCUAUACUUAUUUUACCAAAACACAUUCAAAACAUUAAACUCAUUUUACGAAAGGUAGAAGUAAAUUACGACCACAUCCAGAAAGUCAAAAUAGAUUUAAAACAAUUUAAAGUCAAAAAACUACCUGAUUGGCCAACAAAAUCAGAAGUAGUUGAUGUCCGUGGUAAAUUAGUAAAAUAUAUGGAGUCCAUUAAACAAGUUGAUCAACCUUUAUUGGAUAGGAUGGAUCAGAUACAAGACUUAACCAUUGAUUGGAAGUGUGUUAAAAAUGCGCUCAUGUUUUUUCUAUACGAGACAGAUAAGUUUUCAGCUCAAAGAGUGGAAUUUGAUGAUAAAGUUAAAUAUAGUGAUCCUGACCAAUCGGCAGUAAAUAUCAUGGACAAAAUAUUAGAUGAGAUGGAACGGAUCUGCGGGACAUCGCAGCAACCAGCUGUGCAAAAUCAUAAGUUUGACGGAAUAGAAGAUUUGGAUGCAAACUUAUACAUCGAAAUAGACAUCUCCACGGAGACGACUAGAACGAUACGAGACAAAUGGAUAAGAUGUUUGAUAACAAGAAUAGAUCAGUUGACGAAGUUAUUGGACUACCCGAAUAGGACGUUGAGUCAGUGUCAGCUGAGGUUCAAGCGGGACCACGAGUUUCACGUUAUGGUCGAAAUGCUCCUCGCUGACAUUGCCAAUGUUUUGUGCAAGUGUAACGUUUGGUUGAUGCGGAAGACGAGCAAGAUGCUAACAGGGAUCGACCUCGGGAAUGUCCUGGAUCACGGGAACCCGUUCCUGGACGUGAUCAGCGACAUCUUCGACUCUCGCGACUACUCCACUGAACUGUUGAAAAAAGCUUUCAUGUUUGCUAAAGACGGAGAUGCUAUAAAAGCUCUCUAUAAAUUGUUUUUGGACGAUAUUAGUUUUGAAACAAUUAGAAAUGAUGAUAGGCGAGCGUUAACCGAUGAACAGAAGAAGAAUUUAGAUGUUUUGAAGAAUUCAGGCAACUUUGACGAGUUGAGUAAACUUUUUCCACGGGCAGUAGCGAAUACAGGGCACCCUUGAUGACCGACGUAGCGAAAAAUAAGCAAAUUUUAAUAAUAAUAUAAUAAUUCAAAAUAUUUUAAUUUAAAACAAUUUUGCAUAAUUGACAUGAAAUGUAUGUAAUACAUAGUUUAAGCGAAAUUAUCAAUUUUUGGACUGAUUUUAGACCUGAAUUUAUACGCAAGAUAAGCGCAAAAUAGGCGCAACGAAUAUUUUAAAUAGUGAUGGAAUAUUUUUAUCCU